AUUAAUGCGAAGACAAAUACAAUAUCUUCUCAUUAAUAGUUAUCGAAAUAACGACGGAAAAAUCAUGAUCCAAUCCAACCACACAUUCUACACUUAUAAACACUCAACUAAAUCUUUAUCCAAAAACACAAACCGGUCAAAAUCAAGACAUCUUAGUACGUGUGUGUGUGCGCACAUAUUAUUAUAUAUAUGCUUGUUUUUGACUCCAUAUGAAGAUAGAAUUCAAUUCAAAAAUGAUAACUGUUUCUUUUUCUCUCUUUCUUUCUCCACUAUUUUAGAAAAAGAAACCGACACUAGUAAAGAUUUGCAGAGAGGGUGGUGAACCUACUCAGUUUCAAUUUUGCCACCACAAGUAAUUUUCAGUCUAAACGUCUCUUAUAUGUUUCAAUCCAAAAUCAUCAUCAUCAUAGAGCCGUAAACCUCAUAUAUUAGACUUUAGUUAUAUGAUUUUGUUUCUUAAUUUGAUGAGAUUUUGUUACAUAAUAACAAAACAGAGUUAUUAAGGUUGUUACAUGUGAUUGAUAUAACGGUGGCGGACCAAAGAGAUUUAGGAAAGUUUGUGAGGUUGAAGGAGGAACAUGGUGGUGAUAAGGAAGAAGGAGAAGAAAAAGAAGAAGCUUCUAGGAUACAUGGAUUGAACAAACAGAAGUAUGAAGAGGUGGCAAUGUCUUGUCCACCGACUAGUACAACUCAUGGGCUGGGCCAGGCCCAAAAUGAGUGGGUCCAGCAGCAAGGAAGUGGUUAUUUUCCUAUGAUGAUGUCAGGUUUUGUUCCUGUCUCUUCUAGUUCUAAUUCUCCUCGUAUGUAUUCUUCUAGUUCAUCAUCAUCAUGGGUUGGACACAAAAGAGGGCGUGAAGAAAAUGAUUCAGUUGGUGUUGGUGUUGGUGUUGGUGCUUCUUCUUCUCAUCAAGAUAUGAAUACAAUUCAUAGAAAUAUUGCUGAUUUUAGAUUACCUACUUCACAGGGAAACUCAUCAUCAUCAGCAACAGAAGCAACUACACCUACAAGUACAAGCACUGCAACACAAUCGGCGGCAACAAAUGAAGAAGAAACCGGAGAGAAAAGACGAAGAUACAGAGGAGUAAGACAGAGACCAUGGGGAAAAUGGGCAGCAGAAAUUCGCGAUCCACACAAAGCAGCAAGAGUAUGGCUUGGAACAUUCGACACAGCAGAAGCGGCAGCAAGAGCUUACGAUGAAGCUGCAUUAAGAUUCAGAGGAAACAGAGCAAAACUCAACUUCCCUGAAAAUGUUACAUCAACAAGACCAAAUUUUCCGGCAAAUACUUCAACCGUAUCUAAUUUUCCGACAACCCUUUAUUCUCCAGCACCACCACAACAGCCACAGCAAAUGCAGAUACAAACACAACAACCUUUUGUUCAAUUUCAAGGAACUUCUGAUUUGUUAAGAGACUAUUAUCAAUAUUCACAGAUUCUAAAAGGUUCAGGUGAUUUUCAAGGACUUGAGCAAUGGUUUUAUGAAUCACAAAUGCCAUCGAUACAUUCGUCUUCUUCAUUGUUAUCGCCUAUGCCAUCGCUUUCUUUGUCUUCUUCAUCAUCUCCAACUCCAUUUUCACCUUCAAGUCAACUAGCCUCUGUUUCACUUCCCCUGUUUCCUGGUCAGCAAAUGGAGUUUUUCCGGCCACCGGAAGAUCAAUCUCACAGCGGAGGAUAUGGUGGUGGCCCUGGUGGGUCCCAUUUUCCACCUUCAUGGUCAGAUACUGGUGGCUAUCAUCAUCCUCCUCCUCCUCCACCACCUUCUUCUGGUUGAUAAUAUUAUGGAAUAUUCAAUAUACAUAACUUUAUUUUUCAUAUUUUAAUUUUUUUAAUACUAUUUUUUAUUUCUUUUAACAUAGUUGCAAACAAUUCCACAAAAACAAGGUCUCUUUAUUUUAUUUUAUUUAUUUCCUUUUUGAUUGAGUUCAUUGAAUUCAUUAUGUAGGUUUGGUUAUUUGUUUAUGCUAUUGGGAUUAAAAUAAUUGAAGAUUGAGUGAUGAUAAAAUGUAGUAGAAUUUAGGGGUAGAACUAAGUUAGGUAACCUAUUUUGUGGUCUAAGGUCUAAAUCACAUUAGGUUUGGGACAAGUUAGGAUUAUUAGCUCAAUAAAUUUAAUCAAAGUUUAGGACUUCUUGGUCCCUUGUUUGUAUAAAAAAAAACAAUCCAAAUUUUUUAAAGUCUUUUUUAAAAUUAAAA